AUGUGCACCCUGUAUACCAACUCUGGGUGCAUGGACCUGCCAGGACCCAGAGAAGAGGAGGAUGAUGAUGAUUAUGAGAACACGACACCACCAUACAAGGACCUUCCUCCCAAGCCAGGUUGGAUGGCUCCACCAAGACCUCCAAGGGCAGGAAAGAAAACAGAGAACCCCCCACUUCCCUGCAAGCUCCUGAAGAACACAGGCCUGAACCUCACCCCUGUCACCUGCACAACUCCUCAACUGGCAACUCCAGUGCCCUGGAUCAGUCAGAAGUCCGGAGGUCCUAGGUGUUACCAGGAGGAGAGACUGAUGGUGUACAUGUGUCUGCUGGUGGUGGUGUCACUGCUCAUGGGCUGCACUGGUCUGGCUGUUACCCUGAUUAAAUACCAGGAGGUGGUGGAAGAGCUGAGGAUGUUAACCUUUCAGCAGAUGGCAUGGCGAGCAAAUGUGACUGGCAUGGCGGGGCUAGCCGGCCUGAAGGAGGACAUUGAACGAGUAAGAGCUGACACGAACCAGUCCCUGCUGGAACUUCGGGGCUUAUUAGACUGUACCAGGGUCACCUGCCCUGAGGGCUGGCUCCCUUUUCAGGGUAAGUGUUACUACUUCUCUCCAAGCACCAAGUCAUGGGAUGAAGCCCGGAAGUUCUGCCAGGAGAAUUACUCUCACUUGGUCAUCAUCAGUAACUUUGCUGAGCAGAACUUUGUGGCCAAGGCUCAUGGCUCUCCUCGGGUAUACUGGUUGGGGCUGAACGACAGAAACCGUGAAGGGGACUGGAGGUGGCUGGAUGGGUCACCCAUCACUUUGAGCUUUUGGGACCCACAGGAACCCAACAACCUCCAUAAUGAGGACUGUGCCAGCAUGAACAAAGGUGGCACCUGGAAUGACCUCUCUUGCGACAAAACUACAUAUUGGAUUUGUGAGCGGAAAUGUUCCUGUUGA